AUGGCCACGCAAGACGAAUCACGACCUCCCUUCCCGCCCUUCACUGAGGAAACGGCGAGGACCAAGGUCAAGGCGGCCCAGGAUGGUUGGAACACCAAAAACCCGUCCAAAGUCAAGAUGGCAUACACGCCAGACACCAUCUGGAGGAACAGGGACACCUUCCUGCAAGGCCGGGACGAGGUCGAGCAGUGGCUGACCAAGAAAUGGGAAAAGGAAAAUGGCUACCGCCUCCGAAAAGAGCUAUUUGCCUUCACCGACAAUAAAAUUGCUGUUCAGUUCUGGUAUGAGUGGCAUGACGAAUCGGGACAGUGGUGGCGGACCUAUGGCCUGGAGGAUUGGACCUUUGCAGAAAACGGUCUCAUGCGCAAAAGGCAAAUGAGCGGGAACGACGUGAAGAUUGAAGAUGCGCAGAGGUGGUUCAAGGACGGCGUGGAUGUUAAUACCGUCGACAUCUCCGAAAAACACUGGUGA